GAUUUUAGAUAAUGGGCUGUGUGCAAUGUAAGGAUAAAGAAGCAACGAAACUGACUGAUGAGAGGGAUGGCAGCUUAACUCAGAGCUCAGGCUACCGCUAUGGGACAGACCCCACCCCGCAGCACUACCCCAGCUUUGGAGUCACUUCAAUCCCAAACUACAACAACUUCCACGCCACAGGAGGCCAAGGACUGACUGUGUUUGGUGGAGUCAAUUCCUCCUCCCACACAGGGACGCUGCGGACGAGAGGAGGAACUGGUGUGACUCUUUUUGUGGCGCUUUAUGACUAUGAAGCAAGAACAGAAGAUGACUUGAGUUUUCACAAAGGAGAAAAAUUUCAAAUACUGAACAGCUCGGAAGGAGACUGGUGGGAGGCCCGGUCCCUGACAACAGGAGAAACUGGUUACAUUCCCAGCAAUUAUGUGGCUCCAGUCGAUUCCAUCCAAGCAGAGGAGUGGUACUUUGGCAAACUGGGCCGAAAGGAUGCAGAGAGGCAGCUGUUGUCAUUUGGAAACCCCAGAGGUACCUUCCUGAUCCGGGAGAGUGAAACUACCAAAGGUGCCUAUUCCCUGUCCAUCCGAGACUGGGACGAUAUGAAGGGGGAUCAUGUCAAACAUUAUAAGAUCCGUAAACUCGACAAUGGAGGAUAUUAUAUCACAACUCGGGCACAAUUUGAAACCCUGCAGCAGCUGGUUCAGCACUACUCAGAGAAAGCUGAUGGUUUGUGUUUUAACUUAACUGUGAUUGCUACGAAUAAUACCCCACAAACUGUUGGAUUGGCUAAAGAUGCAUGGGAAGUUGCACGUGAUUCAUUAUUUCUGGAGCAGAAGCUUGGUCAGGGCUGUUUCGCUGAAGUGUGGCGUGGUACGUGGAAUGGAAAUACUAAAGUGGCUAUAAAGACCCUGAAGCCUGGCACUAUGUCUCCAGAAUCCUUCUUAGAGGAAGCCCAAAUCAUGAAGAAGCUAAAACAUGACAAACUGGUGCAACUUUAUGCUGUGGUGUCUGAAGAACCCAUCUACAUUGUCACGGAGUACAUGAGCAAAGGGAGCUUGCUAGAUUUCUUGAAAGACGGAGAAGGAAGAGCUUUGAAGCUUCCCAAUUUGGUGGACAUGGCAGCCCAGGUGGCAGCCGGGAUGGCCUACAUCGAGAGGAUGAACUACAUCCACAGGGACCUGCGCUCCGCGAACAUCCUGGUGGGGAACGGCCUCAUAUGCAAGAUUGCUGACUUUGGCUUGGCAAGGCUGAUUGAAGACAAUGAAUAUACAGCCAGACAAGGUGCAAAGUUUCCCAUUAAAUGGACUGCACCAGAAGCAGCUUUGUAUGGAAGGUUCACGAUAAAGUCGGAUGUGUGGUCCUUUGGGAUCUUGCUGACAGAGCUGGUAACAAAAGGGAGAGUGCCAUACCCAGGCAUGAAUAACCGUGAAGUCUUGGAGCAAGUAGAACGUGGCUACAGGAUGCCCUGUCCUCAGGACUGCCCCAUCUCCUUGCACGAGCUCAUGAUCCACUGCUGGAAAAAAGACCCAGAGGAGCGUCCAACUUUCGAGUACUUGCAGGGAUUCCUUGAAGACUACUUCACUGCAACAGAACCCCAGUACCAGCCCGGGGACAACCUGUAAACCCUGCUCUUCAGGCACUGUCAACAAUCACCAGGUUCCUCAGCCCUGCCCCACCUGUCCUUCACCUCCCAGCUCCAUGACCAGCUUCUCCAGAGGGCAGCAUCUUCCAGCACCGCCGUGCACGGGAGGGGCUGGAGCUGGGCCCUUCUGCAGCCCCUGCCUCUCACCACUUGUCCUAAAUAAUCUGAAUGUCCUGGAUGAAAAGGAGGAAAAAAAAAAAACAACAACACUUUUUUUUUUUUCUUUUUUCCUUAAUGAAAGACUCCAAAACUGCAUUGUCUUGAUGUUAUGUAAACUGCAAAACCUCUGUCCAGUGUAAAUAGUAACUCAGUGCCAAUAACUGAUCCUAGUGCUUUCCUUUUUUUAAAAUGCAAAACCUAUGUGAUUUUAACUAGUCUUCUCCUGAUUCAACUAAAAGUAUUAUUUUCCAGAAGU